AUGGUCGACGAUUUAAGACUCAGUUCAGAUUCCGACGAUGAGCGCUCAGAAGACAGAGACGACGAAAAAUUAUUGAAGUCGGAAAUUAAAUCUGAUUUCUAUCCUAACGAUCGGUCAAAUAGACCACGAAAACUCUUCUUAGUUCUGGUUGCUGGAUUUUUUAUCAAUGUUGUCUGGACAUCAGCCCUCGUCUGGAAAUGGAUAUCUCUACAGUCCAGUGUUUGUAUCAAGGAAUCAUUAUUACCUGGACCGCUAGUUAUGAUAUACUCACCUGCGAGAGAGGCGGUCAAGUAUGAAAUUGUCGAGACCAAUACCACGAUUGACUCAUCGAACGUCUAUAUGGGCAAGCCACGACCGGAACAAACUUUAGCAUGGGAGGAAAUUACAAAAUGGAGAAAUAUCGCAGUAUCUAAAGAUGAUCUAGAGAAGAUCGGUCAAGAUUCCAUCGAAUUGGCUGAUGGUACUGGUUACAUGGCAACUCUGGAAGUAUUUCAUCAUAUUCAUUGCCUGGACUUCAUCCGAAUGUAUAUAUUUAAAGAUUAUUAUGACACUCACGAAAAUGAGAACCUGCGCUGGAAACACGUUGACCACUGCAUUGAAAUUUUACGAACAAGUGCCAUGUGUCAGGCAGAUAUCUCACUCGUGACGUGGCAAUGGGUGGACCGACAGGAACUUCCAUUUGCGAACUUCGACGUUAAGCAUGAGUGUCGUAAUUGGGAUAGCAUUUUGGAAUGGACUAAGAACCAUCAAGCAGCAGCUUCGGCUAUAGUACGGCCUCCUGAAAAGACCUGGCCACCGCAUCCCCAAGGUAAACAACUUGAUGAAUAG